CUGACUCCGAUCUCCUCCGACCUAUAAACCCGCCUCCGCCCCCCUUUCUCCCCCAGAUCAAAACCCCGCCUUCCUCUCCCUCCGUCAAACCAUCCAUCAGCCAGCCAUGGCGACCGCCGCUGCGUCCCAGGUGGCUUUCUCCGCGACCGCCGGCUCGGAUCGCGCCGUCAGGAGCUCCGGAAUCCAGGUCACCAACAACCUUAGCUUCGGUGCCAAAUCACGGACCGGCAACACCGCAUUAUCAUGCGAGAGCAAGGCCGCGGUGCGGCGGAGCCAUGUCAGGAAGGUGCGCUGCACGGCGGUCCAGCAGUCGAGCAAGGUCUCCGUCGUGCCUCUCGACCUGGAGAGCGCCAAGGAGCCGCCGCUCAACACCUACAAGCCCAAGGGGCCGUACACGGCCACCAUCGUCUCCGUCGAGCGGGCGGUGGGCCCCAACGCCCCGGGGGAGACGUGCCACGUUGUCAUUGAUCAUGGUGGCAAUGUGCCGUACUGGGAGGGGCAGAGCUAUGGGAUUAUUCCGCCGGGAGAGAACCCAAAGAAGCCUGGAAACCCACAGAAUGUCCGCCUUUAUUCUAUUGCAUCUACUAGGUAUGGCGAUUCAUUUGAUGGAAAGACUGCCAGUUUAUGUGUUCGCCGUGCAGUCUAUUAUGAUCCUGAAACUGGCAAGGAGGACCCCUCCAAGAACGGUGUCUGCAGUAAUUUCUUGUGCAACUCAAAACCUGGGGACAAGAUUCAGCUGACAGGUCCCUCUGGCAAAAUCAUGCUCCUGCCUGAGACUGAUCCAAAUGCAACCCAUAUCAUGAUUGCCACUGGCACCGGUGUUGCUCCCUAUCGUGGGUACCUACGCCGUAUGUUCAUGGAAGAUGUCCCAAAUUACAGAUUUGGUGGCCUUGCUUGGCUCUUCCUUGGUGUGGCUAAUUCGGACAGCCUUCUUUAUGAUGAAGAGUUCACAAGCUACCUUAAGCAGUAUCCAGACAAUUUCAGGUUUGACAAAGCACUAAGUAGGGAGCAGAAGAACAAGAGUGGUGGCAAGAUGUACGUCCAGGACAAGAUCGAAGAGUACAGCGACGAGAUUUUCAAGCUUUUGGAUGGUGGAGCACACAUCUACUUCUGCGGUUUGAAAGGAAUGAUGCCCGGGAUUCAGGAUACACUCAAGAAAGUCGCAGAGCAGAGAGGGGAGAGCUGGGAUCAAAAGCUAUCACAGCUCAAGAAGAACAAGCAAUGGCAUGUUGAGGUUUACUAGGAUUUGAAUGUUGGGCUAUCUAUGAUUGUUCUGCCGUGAGUUGAUGUUAAGAGAAGGCAGAGAACACAUAGAAUGAUUCUUGUGAUGGUGUAAAAUUGUUAAGGAUUUUUCUUGGGAAUCAUAAAGUCAUUCAUGUAGCUCAUAAGCUUCUGCAUCAUAUGAUGCGUGAAUUGGAGCAUGUAACUUUUGUUCUUA